GACCUCGGCCCCCCAGCAGCAGCUACUCUUCGGGGUGUUGCAAAAGUUCCGAGUUCACCUGCCAGCCCCCCUAGCAUCACACCCGACCGCUCCCACGGGAAGGAGGACGGGGUCGUAUGUUGCAUACUUUAUACGGCGGGAGCCGAGCCAUCCGGCGUCCCCCUUGGCUCCCGGCCAUGGCCGGGUAUCUGCAAGAAUCAGACUUCGUGAUGGUGGAGGAGGGCGACCUCGCCACCAGAGAUCUGCUGGAGAGCUUGACCCUGGAGGGCUCGCGGGGGGGGGACGUCGCCGCCUUCUUCGUGGCAGACCUGGGUGACGUGGUGAGGAAGCACCUGCGCUUCCUGAAGGCCCUGCCCCGCGUCCAGCCCUUCUAUGCCGUGAAGUGUAACGGCAGCCGAGGGGUGGUGAAGACCCUGGCAGAGCUGGGGACCGGAUUCGACUGCGCUAGUAAAAAAGAGAUUGAGUUGGUGCAGAGCAUCGGAGUCCCUGGCCACAAGAUCAUUUACGCCAACCCCUGCAAACAGAUCUCACACAUCAAAUACGCUGCCAGGCACGGGGUCCAGGUGAUGACCUUUGACAAUGAAGUGGAACUAGCAAAAGUGGCCAAGCGCUACCCCGGGGCCAGGGAAGGUAGAGCCCGCACCAAGGAGGAGAAGGGGGGCCUCUCUCCCCACAGGAUGGUUUUAUCAAUUGCCACAGAUGAAUUUAAAUCUCCCGCUCACUUGAACAUCAAGUUUGGAGCCACGCUGAAGUCCUGCAGACAUCUGCUGGAAACCGCCAAGAAGAUGAAUGUGGAAGUAAUUGGCAUAAGCUUCCACGUUGGCAGCGCCUGUUGCGGCCCUCAGGCUUUCACGCAGGCCAUAGCAGAUGCCCGGCUAGUGUUCGAAAUGGGAGCCGAGCUGGGUUACAGGAUGCACCUACUGGACCUUGGCGGUGGCUUCCCCGGCCCGGAAAACUCCACGGUCAGGUUUGAAGAGCUAGCCUCUGUGAUCAACUCCGCCUUGGAUUUGUAUUUCCCAGAAGGGUGUGGGGUGGAAAUCAUUGCAGAGCCUGGGCGCUACUAUGUGGCCUCUUCGUUCACCCUGGCUGUCAACAUCAUUGCCAAAGAACACAUCCCAUCAGAGCACCUUGGCUCUGACGGUGCUGGCGGUGUCGCUCCCAAGAGCAUCAAGUACCGUGUGAACGAUGGUGUUUAUGGAGCCUUCAACUCUGUCCUCUUUGACAACACCUGCCCUGCCCCCGUCCUGCAGAAGGAACCCCACCCCGGUCAGCCCCUGUACAGCAGCAGCCUCUGGGGGCCUGCCUGCGACGGACCAGAACCCAUCGCCGAGGGCCUGCGGCUGCCCGACCUGCAAGUGGGCGACUGGCUGACGUUCGAGAACAUGGGCGCCUACACCGCGGGCCCGGCCUCCCCGUUCAGCGCGGCCCGGCCCAGGCGAAUCGUCUACACCAUGUCCAGGGUGCCCUGGGAAGCUCUGCAAAGGAAACUCCUGCAGGCGGAGGAAGACCGCGAGAGCAGGUGCAAGCCGCUUUCUUGCGGAUGGGAGAUCGCCGACGUGCUGUGUGUGACCCCAGUCUUCACCCCGACCAGCAUCAUCUGAGCGGCCCUUGGACGGGGCUAGUAACGCCAUGUUGGGGAGAGGGUUGGGAGGGGAGGGGAGGCUCCUUAUUGGGGGAAAGGAGGUGAGGGUGGAAAGAACGCUUGUCCUUCUCACCCCCACCCUGCCUCUAGCGUUUUGCCCCUUAAGACCAGUCUAAAAAUCCUUGUAGUUGAAGUAUGCAACAUAAAUCCUGUUCCUUCUAACUAA